GAAAAAUAGGGAAAGUAAAAGGAAGGGAAUUGGAUAUUGAGAGAAGUGGUGUUUAUGAACCAAUCACUUGAUACAGCCUCUCCGUGGUCUCAGCGCCCCAGCAGAAGGUAUUCAUCCAUGUGGCUAGAGCAUGAAUUUAAGGUAUGGUUUGGAAAGGGUUCCCUAGGAAGUUGUUUCUUCGCUUAAGCUUAAGCUCGACUGAAGAAUUUUGUCCCGUCGAACCAAACUGUCUGUCUGUGUGCUGUGCGAGGAGCUUAACAACCACGAAUGAACGGUGGGCUUGGGUGAAACGGUAUGAUGGCACGCGCGGCGCGCAUGAGGGGAGCGAAACUUUAAUGAUGUAUUUUAUUGUAUGAAAGGAGAUAUAAGACGCUUUGUUUUUCCUGGUGAGGAUGAGGAUGAGAAUGAAAGGGACUUUCAACCUAUGGGGUAUUCGAGGAUUCGGGUACGGUUGGUGGUGUUCAUGACUCGGUGGUUGCUCUUGUGGCUGGAUAUGGCGUGUGGUGAUGAGAUGAGCCGCUAUGCUACACUUUCGGCUCUGGAGAUCUCCAGGACCCGGGAGAGGGACGGUAAUCUUAUUUGGGUUUUCCUAGAAUAAUCAGCCUGUGUGACUGAAUCCACAUGAUCUGUGAGUUAAGGGGUGAUUUAGUCUGUAUGCUUGGUAUUUUUAGAAGGGAGUUCUGUUGUUCUAUAUUUCGAAAUAGAAAUCUAAUACACGGAUGCAUUUGUUGGGGCCGCCUUCGUUAUUGAAGGUGAACAGAGCAUCAGCUGCAUAUAUUAUGGGUGGUAUUGUGAUUGUGAUAUCGAUAUCGAGUUUCCAAAUCUGUUUUGUGUGGCGGAGGGGGGUUUCUUGGAAGGUAAGGUAGGUAGUAUUCAUGAUGCAAGCGAGGGGGCGAGGGAGGGGCAAGCAAUGGAACGGGGUACGGAAUACAGAACACAAAAAGGGAAGGUUUGCAUGUUGCAUGUCGCAGGUUGCAGGAAAACGGUCAACUUUACUCAACGGUAAGCUGCAGCUUGGUGUUUCUGAAUUUUCUGAUAUCAUCAGUCUGAUAUGAUAGAAACCGCGCAUGGCAUCCUCUUAUCGCGAGAUAAGAAGAAAGCAGACGGGAUGAUGCAGAUGUAGAACAGAAAAUGUAAGACAGGACAGGACUCAGGGGGUGACGACUGACGAAGCGAAGCGAACCCGAGCCGAUGAGAAACCUUAAUAGUAUGCAUUAAGACGUGAAAUGCGGUCAUCACAAAUUUUGUGAUUGAUGGGACGAUUGGCAUGAAUGAUUCGCAAAGGUACAAGGAUGCAGAUGGGUACAAUCUAUCAUCAGCUUUGAAGGUGUUGAUGCGGUGGAGGUGGAUGUGUUGUUCACGAGUUAUGUUUGGAUACAAUAUUUCUGUACAGCCAGGAUCUCACUGUGUUGCCCGAAAUUGCCGGUUGUGUUCAGUGACAGAAGUGGCAUCCUCGUGGCUGGAUAAUUGGGCGGCUGGCUUGGAUUGGGGAGGUCUCAUUGGUCUGUCUUAUCGAUCUGGCUGAAUCGUGUACAGUAGUAGUACCUCGAAAUUGAGGUGAGGUUGGAUCUUGGAAUCCACAUCCCAUCCAUGUUCCAUUUUUGUUCCCUGCCCGCCGAAGCCCAGAACAAAUACAGUACCUACAAUCACUUGGAAGUUCAAGUCGACGGCCAUAAGCGUAUGCAAUUGGAUCAUCGCUUUAGAGGCUGUUAAUUAAUACAACUCUAAAUCGGCGAUUUUCAUAAACUUCCUGAGAUUGUCAUUGGUCUUUCCGAACAGAGGGCGAUCUCCUGUACCGGCGGUUGAUUGGCUUUUGGUGGCGCGUCCCUUCUUUCUUCAGCCCCUGCACGGCGCGUCUGUCUCCCCUCCAAACGCUGGGGCCGUCCUGGCUCCCUUCCUCCCCGGCACACCCAUCGUCCUCGACUCGACGAAUCCCGCCCUGGCUCGCGGGCUCUGUCUCUCCCUCUGUCUCUGUCUCCGUCUCCGUCUCCAUCUCCAUCUCCAUCCCCAAACCCUUUGGAGGCUUCUCCCUCUCUUCCUCUUCGAAUCCUCGAUCCCUGGUCGCACCUCCACCUCUCACAACCCAGUCUUCACACCUCCUCGCUCUUGCUCUUAUCCCUACCGUCGCCCCUCUCUUUCUGCACGCCAUCCCCCUUCCGUCUGGCCUCCUGCUCACCACCCGAUCUGUGCUGGGCAGUGGGCCCAAGAAGAGAGAGCCACUUCCUCGACCUUUCCUCUUACGGCGCCAGCCUCUCCUCAGCACCCGCGCCAACCAAGCCAGGGGCGUAUCUUUCGAAUUGCAAUCUCGACCUUCCACCCAAGGACGAGCCCAAGUUCACCACAAGUCCCGUAUCCAACGUCGCAUCUGCUCCAAAUGGAAUAAUUGCACUUGGAAUUGCACAUCUUGCCCUUAUCCAAUGUCGUCCGGUCCAGCACAAUCUGACAAGACUGCACAAUAUAUUCAACAUGGCGUCCGCUCGCCCUCAGACCACCACCCUUACCCACCACGACCGUACCGCUGUUCUCCCUGAUACAUCUCACGAUUCAUCUGACCUUCCGAGCGUCAGCCCUCCUCCACACGACCAAGACUCUCAAAGAACGACUGUCACUCGCCCAGGGAACCUAUCAGUCUCGGUCCGGUCCCGUACAGAAACCCUUUCAUCCAUCACCUCGACUAGCUCGACAUCGUCGUCGCCGGUUCGCAGAAAACCACUACCAUCAACAGCGUCCCCCUUGGCGACGAGGCUCUCUUCCGGAGAACACCUUGCUGCGACGUUGCAACCACCAGACCAAACAUACAUUAGACCUUUCUCUGUAGACAGUCCAACCCUCCACGACUUUCCUCCAACCUCUAAAGUGCCGUGUGCACCAGCAGAACAUACGGCACAAAGUUUCUCGAGAUUUCCAAACGAACCGGUGGCUUUGACGUCUGGUGCAGCUUCUGACACGUCGUUGCCCAAUCAUCUCGCAAACUUGGAACAGCAUCUACCCAGUCCUAAGAGUCCGAACCUCGCCGUCCCAUCGCAGAGCUUCCCGCAAUCGUCAUCAUCGGACUCAGAGUCGUCCAGGCAUGCGAGGUUGACCAGUAGCGAAUCUACACUUACGUCCGUGUCAGAAUCGAAUAGCCCAUGGUACAGCGACUCUAGCUCGGUCUCUUAUUCGCGAUCUACUAUGUCGCUUUUCUCCACGAAACCUGAACCACCACAUACAAUAAACGUUAAUACCCGCAGCUUUUCGAACGAUUCCACCACAACCAUACAGAAGCCACAACCAAAAUCACCAGGAGGAUCAAAGCUUGGAUCCUUGUUCGGUUGGGGCAAUACCUCUCCAGCAUCUUCAACAACCUUUUCUUCAGAAAAAGAUUAUUCUCCAAUCCCGUCGCCGCGUCCGUUUGAAAACAACCUUACUCCCACUGAUGUCUCCAAACCACCCGCCAGGAAUAUACCCAGAGCUAUUGAUGUGCCAAAGGCCAACGCCGAUACGGGUGGUUAUUUUGGCAGCUCAUAUCUUCAACUGCCAUUGGCAACGCCAACCACACCAGUACAAGUCGAAGAGAUGGAGAAGGAGCUGAAAGAGAUCAGCUCCGAGCUGGCUUCUUCCAUAAGGAGGGAGAUGGACCUAGAAGAUCUUGUCGAACGGUUACAAUCAGAAGCGCUAAACCUAUCCUCCAGUCCUGGGAAGCGGACCAGCGAUUACUUUUCCGAUUCCGGUACAAGUUCAGUCAGAUAUGGAGACCAAGACUCUAAGCAAGAUGAGAUGGACCGGCUACUCCGGAAAGCCGAACAAGAGAAAGCUCAAAUGAAAUUGGAAUUAACAAACAAAGUUCAAGAUGAGAGAACUAGAAGGAAACACCUUGAAUCACAGAUUCGCAAUCUCGAAGAGAAGGCCUCCCAGGUCGACCUCGCUUCAAUGAACUCCAUGGAUGCUAAUGGCCGACUUAGAGACCUCGAAGCUACCUGCGAAGACCUUCGAAGACGAUUGGCUGAGGAAAGGCAAGUCAAGGAUAAUUUCGAGGAUCUCCUCACAGCACUGAAGGGAGAACUACAAAGCUCCCAUAAUGAAAGGGAUAAUUUACGGGAUGAGAUCGUCCCAGGAUUGAGAGCUCGGGUGGAAGGACUUGAAGCCCAAGCCGCCCAGCAUGAAAAGCUCACCUACGAGCAAACGAAGACGCAGCAAGAGCUGCAAACUUUGAAGAACGAAAACCUUACCUUAAUUAAUGCCCAGAGAUUGCAGAUGGAGAUGCAGCAACAGAUGAAAAAAUUCAACACCAUAGCCGAGGAAGUCUCUCCUGUCCCGGCUUCCAGAUCCUCAGGCUUGUUCCGUUCGAAUUCAGUAGCUCAAGGGAAUGGUAUCACCAGGUCAAGACCGCCUUCUUUGACAAGAUCGGCAUCAGUUAAGACCGCCGAAUCAAGGGAUGCACUAGCAGAGCGAGUUAAGGAUAUUGAGAUGCAAAGGGACGCUCUACAUUCAGCACUCAAGAGUCUCCUUGAACGCCAGGAACACCAGAACCGCGAGAACCAGAAAAAGAUUCGCCAACUGGAAAUGGAACGUGAUCGAGCAUUAUCAAGCUCCCCAAGGCGGGUUGGAUAUGACAAAGAAGUAGCCACCCUUCGAGUGGAGAUCAACGUCCUUCGACGCCGUGCAGAGGAGGCAAUUGAGCAGAAGUGGCAAUGCGAAAAGGGACUCAGCGGACUUAAGAUGGACUUGGACCGUGCUGAGCAGGAGAUUGGUUCUCUACGAUCCUUACUACAUGAAAAGGACAUCCUCAUCCCAACCGGACCACGUGAACGGAGCGCUUCCGGCACUGUCUCAUCAGAGUCACUCGAAAGAGCAUACAGAGAAUUACAGCAAGCAUAUGCCGAAUCUCUGGAUCGCGUUAAGAACCUGGAGACUUCAACUGCCAGAGAUCAGGAGACAGAACAGGCUAUGAAAGAGCUCGAGCAGAGCCUUGCAGAUGCGCUCUCGGAACGUGACUUUGCCCAAAAGGAAGUCCAGGCACUUCGAGAGCAGUCGGAUUCCCUACGUGAGGGAGAGAGGCUUCACAUGGGUAACGAAGUUGCCCUUGCAGAAGAACUCCGUGGUUCGGCCAAGCGCGUGGAGGAACUCGCCGUCCAAGUUCGCCAGCAGCUAGCGACAAACUCAACGCUCCGAAAGCGCCUUUCGGAAACUAUCGAGCGUGGAGAGAAGGAUCAAAAGGCCAAUGCCGAGAAGAUCAUGCUCAUGCAGAGCAAGCUUAAGUCUCUUGAGGACAAGCUGGUGGCUGCUCAGCAAAAUUCUGAGGAUAAGGUAUCCCGCCACGAGGAUCAGAUUCGUGAUUUGAAGGAGAGUCACAACAUCCAGCUCCAACGAAUGAAGGAGGGUCUUCGCUCACCACGUCUAUUCGGACCAAAAUCUCCUAUGUCGCCUAUGUUCGCCAACUCAUCGAAAGCCCCAAGAAUCAUGUCUACGUCAUCAGGCAGAGCCAUGACUGUAUCUGAGGAUUCAAAGAUGGAGUUCCUGAAGCAACGAGUUGUUGAGCUCGAAGCCGCGCUUGCGGAAGCCGACAGCGAGAUGGAAGAAGUCGUCGGACGCAUGAACAUUGCUCAGAUUGAAGUAAUGGAGUUGCAGAAUGAGAGGGAAGAGGCCGUUCGUGAGACGAAGCGUCUACAACGCCAGAUCGAGGCUGAGAAGAAGAGGGCUUUCGAAGAUCGAUUCGCUACUCUUUCUUCAUGAACGACCAAGCAUGACGAUAGAUGAGAGAGGUUGCAUUUGAAAUUGUUGUUUGCACUUUAGCGGAUCCUCUGAUGUCUGAUACAGACAGAUACAUCCCACGCAUUACGAUAUUGGGUAAUGGCCCUUAAUAUCAUUAGGUGGGAAAAAUACUUGCAUUCACUCUCUGGUUAGCACGCCGAGAGACGGAGUUUUUCACUUUUUGCAUUUACAUGGUUGGGAGGCUCGGGUUUCUUGUUUCUUGUUUCUUGAUUCUUGAGCGAAGCGAAUGUGUCCCGUUCUUACAUAUUAUACCUUUUUGUUUAUUCUGUAUUGUAUUAUACUAUUGUAGUACAUGGAUCGGCUUGGAGUGAUUGGGAGUUGGAGAUUGAAGAUUGAGUAGAGGAGGAAGGAUGAAUGGAUAGAUGAUCGAUAGAGACGAUGGGUUGGAUACGGACUACUGUGGUGUGGGAUAUGUUGAAUUGGUGGGCUGUGGUGUACAGUACAUAGGAUGAGAGGAGUGAUGGACAAGAGAGAUGUAUGAGUGUCUGAAUCGUGAGAUGAGAAGACAGCGUAUGAUAGAGAGAUGGGCGGGAUAGAAAGGAUACCCAGAAUGAAAGAAUUCAGACCCAAA